CUGCUUGUUAGAGUCAUCUUAGGAUAUGUAAAGAGUGCUCGUGUCCCACAUCCCAUCCCUAGGGAUUCGUAUUUGAUUUGUUGGGAAAUUAGGCCUAGACAUUGUGUUUUGUAAAAGCUUCUCAAGAGAUUCUCAUGUACAGCCAGGGUUGAGAAGUAUGUCCCUAGAAUAGAGGUUCCAACUUUGUCAUAUAUUAGAAUCACUUGAGGAAUUUUGAAAAAUACCAAUACCUGGCCUGUAAUCCCAGCACUUUGGGAGGCUGAGGUGGGCAGAUCACUUGAGGUCAGGAGUUUGAGACCAGCCUGGCCAACAUGGUGAAACCCUGUCUCUACUAAAAAUACAAAAGUUAGCCAGGUGUGGUGGCAGGUUCCUGUAGUCCCAGCUACUCGGGAGGCUGAGGCAGGAGAAUUGCAUGAACCCAGGAGGCAGAGGUUGCAGUGAGCUGAGGUCUUGCUCCUGCACUCCAGCCUUCCAGUCAUGGCGACAAAGUGAGACUCUGUCUCAAAAAAAGAAAAAGAAAAAUACCAAUACUGGGUCUGACCCGAAGUCUUACUCUACAAGGCACAAAGCACUUGGCUCCUGUGUUUCCAUCUCUGGUCAUUUGCUUCCAUACAAAUGAUCUCAUUUCAUCCUCAAAACUCCUAAUGAGGUAGUGGGCAGUCAUCAGACACACUUUACAGAUAAGGAUAUCAAGGAACAAAACUAUCUGGGUGACUCGUUCAAGGUUAGGGCAAGAACCUAGAACACCCAGCUCCUGGUCUGGUGCUCUUUUAACCUCAUCCUAUUGUCAUGUCCAGGUUCUAGAAUGAAUAGGUCAACUAAAGUGGAUUCCAAGUGUAAAGGGGAGGGUCUAUGAGGUGACAUUCUAGAAGGGUGAAGAAGGGAGGACAGGAGGCAGAUCACUAUUCCCUCAAAAACCAGGGCUUUGGGGAAGCCAUGUCCUACUUCAGGACUCCACAAACUCAUCCAGGUCCUCUGCCUUCCGGCCAAGGUGGGGCUGCUUCUCCAGGCUUGUCCCUUGGCCUCUGUAGUCCUGUAGAGCCAGUGGUGGUGGCCUCUGGUGGAACAGGCCCACUGAGCCAGAAAGCUGAGCAGGUGGCACCUGCUGCCCAGGCCUGGGGCCCAGCCCUGGCAAUGCCACAAGCCAGGGGCUGCCCUGGGGGGACUAGCUGGGAGACACUACAGAAGGAAUACAGCCGAAACUGCCACAAAUUCCCGCAUGUGAGGCAGCUGGAGAGCUUGGGCUGGGACAAUGGCUACUCCAGAAGCAGAGCCCCUGACCUGGGUGGCCCCAGCAGGCCUAGGCCCCUGAUGCUGUGUGGGCUGUCACCACGGGUUCUACCGGUACCCUCUGAGGCAGUGCGGAAGGAGGCCAGCUCCCAGCCUGAUAUCUGCAUCCUCACCCUUGCUAUGAUGAUCGCUGGCAUCCCUACCGUGCCCGUCCCAGGCGUUCGGGAAGAGGACCUCAUCUGGGCCGCUCAAGCUUUCAUGAUGGCCCAUCCGGAGCCAGAGGGUGCUGUGGAGGGGGCGCGGUGGGAGCAGGCGCAUGCCCACACAGCCUCUGGGAAGAUGCCCCUAGUGAGAUCUAAGAGGGGCCAGCCUCCUGGCUCCUGCUUGUAGAUGGAUGAAAUAGCACCAGAUAUGUA